AGCUCUAUGGCAGAAACAAAACCUCAUGUGGUGAUGGCUUCGGCUCCCAGGCCGGAGCCAGAGAAGUCCGAGUUUUGGUACGGACCUUGGAGCUACAAGGCAGUGAAAUCUCAUAUUCUCGAAUCUGAGGGUCCAGCAAGAGAGAGAUUUGAAGGGUCCCUGGAGUUACCUCAGGUCCCGGAGAUGAUUUUUGCGGGCAAUAUCUUGCGUAUCCAGCAUACAUGCGGGUUUGGAGUGGAGUUCAACUGCCUGGAUGCUCUAAAGCGUGUCGAUCCCCACAAUGAUCACCUCAAGGUGGCAGCAUCACAGGCUUGGAAGGAAGCAAGAUCUGACUGUGAACAUAUCAAUGAAGUUGUGAAGCCUUUUGACUGGACUUAUACAACAGACUACAAGGGAACUCUUUUUGGGGAUGGACUGCAGGUAGAGGGAACAACAGAACGCAUAGACAUGGAGAAGUUGAAGUUGCGAGAGAAGAUCCAUUUCUAUGACGACGUGAUGUUGUUUGAGGAUGAAUUAUCGGACAACGGAACAUCUGUUAUGAGUGUAAAAAUUAGGGUUAUGCCUAGCAGUUUCUUCAUUUUAUUGCGGCAAUACAUGAGGGUAGACAGUGUCAUAGUUAGAGUGUUAGAUACUCGUCUUUAUCAUGAGGCCAAGAAUAACUAUAUUUUACGAGAACAUACUUGUAAAGACAGCAAAAUAGACGACUUAAAGGCUCCAAUCAAUGUUAUAUGUGACCCAAAUGAAGUGGCCCAGAUUCUUCCUGUGAGAAACGAACUGUUUGAGAAAAUAGUUUUUCCAGAGAUUGAACAAGAAAUCAAGACAGAAGCAAAUGAAACAGCAACAGAAGAUCAAGAAAGCGGUGACAUGGUAGACAGUGAAUCAGUUGAAACUGACAGAUAAAGGAAAAUACUAUUUUAUGAAAUGACAGUAUGUUGCUGGGAAAACUUAGAUUUUCAAUAAUGUGCUUUAUCUGUCGGUUUUGCUGAGGAAUGGUUUUGCAUCCAAAACUACUCUGUGAGACUUCUGCAAAAACGAAAAUAUUUCCUCUCCUAUUUUAAACUAAAUAUAGUCAUUUCAAGGCAAUAAGUAUAUAUGAUUCAAUUAAAAUUCUGUAUUUUUAUGUCCCCCAUCACAAUAGUGCGGGACAUUUUGUUUUUGCCCUGGCUGUUGCUUUGUUUGUUUGUUUGUGCAAACUUAAACAUUUGCAAUGACUUUUGCAAUUAUAUUGAAGACAGCAACUUCAUAUUUUUGACAUAAGCAUGUGUAUCUCAUGUAGCUGCACAUUUUGAGUGAGGAAAGGUUAAGGUCAUCCUUCCAGGUUAAAGGUCAAAUAUAUGGUUCAAAAUCGCUCAUUUAAUGUACACUUUUGCAAUAUUGAAGAUAGCAACUUGAUAUUUGGCAUGCAUGUGUAUCUCAAAAGGUCAAGGUCAUCCUUCAAGGUCAAAGGUCAAAUAUAUGGGUCAAAAUCGCUCAUUUAAUGUACACUUUUGCAAUAUUGAAGAUAGCAACUUGAUAUUUGGCGUGCAUGUGUAUCUCAUGGAGCUGCACAUUUUGAGUGGUGAAAGGUCAAGGUCAUCCUUCAAGGUCAAAGGUCAAAUAUAUGGGGACUUAGUGUUUCACAAACACAUAGCUUGUUUUUUCUUUAAGUUCCAAAGAAAUUCGUAUUAUGUUCACAUGGGGUAGUAGGAGACAUUGGCAAUACAAAUAUGUACUGGUAGCAAAGAAAGUUGUGUAUAACCAGGCUUUUGGGCUGACGGUAAUGUCCUUGUGCCAGAUAGCAAAUAUGAGCAAACAGGAAUUACCAAAGGCAUCAUGGCUUUUCAUGCAUUUACUAAAUCUGAUAAAAUCUUGUCAUCAAUCCUUUUAUGCUGCUCUGAUUUCUGUUACAUAUUUAUAUGUAUGUUUUUGUGUUUAAUUCUGUGUUUAGUGUAUGAAACAUUAUUAAAAAUCGUCUUA